AUGUGGAGGACGCCUCUGAUCUUCUACCUGCUGGCGGCGCUGGCCCCGGCCCUCCGGGCUCGGGAGCUCGCCGGGGCCGUCGCGCCUCAGGACUGCAGCCUGGACUGUAUCCGGCAGGGUGGACCGGCGUGCGAGUACUGCCGAGUGAGCAGAGGAGAUGUCAAGACGGCUCUGGGCUUCAGCGCCGGCGGGGCGUUUGGAAGCUGCGUUCCCUGGCCGUGCUUCGAGCUGGUCGGCAGAGAAGACCCCAAAAUCUGCCAGCACUACGUCCAAGCUCCGGACGACGUGAAGGUGGAGUUCCUCCACGACCCCGACCCCAAGUCGGACACGGCGGUGGUCUCCUGGAGGCCCAGUCCCUACGGGAUCGCCUUCCUGCGGGGCUUCCAGGUGUCGCUCCAGGCUUUGGGAGGCUCUGCUUCGUCCUGUCAGCUCUUCCUCUUCCACCGGAACGUCUCCCUGCCGGCCUCACACACUCAGAAGGUGUACCGCUCCGACCCGUUCCCCGGCCUGUUCCUGGGCGCCCAGUAUGCUGUGACGGUCAUGGCCCUGCCGGUGCCCGAGCAGUGGGAGAAGUUCUACCACAGCCAGACCUUCUCCACCCGCUCCUGUGCAGAGAAGAACAGUCUGGAGCAGUGCAAAGAAGACUGGUACCCCAACCAGGUGGAGGUCCAGCAGGAGGGCACCGCCAUCACCGUGACCUUUAACCUGGCGCCCCCGGACCUGGGCAUCCGCAGCUACUUCUCCCUGUGUCACGCCAACGGCUUGAAGAAAUACACCGACAUCACUCCGAAUUCCACCAAAAACAAAACUCACCACACAUACCAGCUGAAGGGCCUCCAAGAAGGAACCAAUUACACUUGUGCGAUCGCGGCGAAUGAAGUGGAUGCAGUGAGGAAAACCUUCAACGUUCAGGUCAUGAGGCUUCAUAAAGGACCUCUCUCCAAGCCUCCGUUCUCCGUCUCCACCUCCCUGGCCGUCGUCCUUCCUCUGGGUCUCAUUGCUCUGGUUGCGUUUGUUGUCAUGCUGGCAGCUUUUCUCAAGAGGCGGCCCCGAUUCCACAUGAAGAAACUCCAGUCCUCAAGCAUGAAACCAGACAUCAUCAAACAUCACGAAGACAGCGAGACUCAGGAAGAAGUGGUUUCUUUGUCCAAAAGCCGUCCGAGUCCUCCUCGUCUUCUGAUUUGCUACAGCAGCUCUGACGGCCCGGCGCAUGUCAGGGCGGUCCUGCACUUAGGAGCCUUCAUCCAGCAGCACAUGGCCACUCAGGUGUACCUGGACCUGUGGGACUCUCUGGGUGUGGCCGAGGAGGGCAGCAUGGCGUGGCACUGCCGCCACAUCCGGGACAGCGACUUCGUCCUGGUGGUGUGCUCCCGGGGCCUCCGCCCCGAACGUGGCCCCCGGGGGCCGGCGGGCCGGAGCGGGGACCACAAUCAGACCACGCCAGACCUCGAGGCCGACGCCCACGACUCGGACGUGGCCGUCCGACUCAUCGGCGAGGAGGUGUGCCGGGCCAGAGCCCGCGGCCAGGACCUGUCCAAAUACAUGGCGGCCAUUUUCAGGUACUCUGAAGAAACGGACAUCCCCGCCGAGCUGAGGCUGGUGUCCCACUACACGCUGACCAGGGACCUGCCGCUGCUCUUCUCCCACCUCCACGGCGUGGCGCUGCACCGGCCCGGCGGCUACCUGAAGAUAGACCACGUCUCAGAGGAAGGGUUCGCCCAGGUGGCGUCCGGAGCCGCUCUGCAGCGUGCCAUCCACGAGGCGGCGGCGGCCAUGACAGCCGAGAGGCAGCUCUCUGAGGAUGAAGGAGAGGCGGUGGUGUGAACCGUGGACGAUGGCGUUGAUAUGUCCAGCAGCCGGAGCGCUCCGCUAACGGGUUAAUUCCAGCCUGAUCACAGAAACAUGAAAGGAUUUUAAAUAAGGGACUGAGGCUCAGUUUAAAUUAGAUUCCGUUUUCAGUUGUUGUAGGAGAGAUUUUAUCAUAGACGCUAUGAAAUUCAAACCCGACCACAGCUGAAUUCUGGCCUGUGAUGGUGGUUCAUCCAUCUGCCAUCGCCCUCACCUCAUUCAGGCCUCAGUGAAAACACAUUUUACUGCUCUCCUGACAGGUUGUUUAUCAUUCUGCCUUUUAUUGCCCUCAGCCUGAACUCACAGGCUGUUUUGUUAUUUUUCAAUCAAGCCAGCACUUCUUCAGAUCCUCCGCUGCUCUGUCUGAAAUCUUUGUGCAUUAAUUCAUUUCACAUUGAGAGUGAAGUAGAAGCACAAAAUUACAAUCAAAUCUCUGCAGAAUUCCCAUUUAGACCCCUGAUUUAGAGGUGUAGACACAUUUGCAGGUCCUGGC